AAGAGGAGACCAAAUGCUAGAGCUGUUAGAGUGGCGAAGGAUGUGGGGACGAACAAAGUGGCAUCGGAGGCUGGGGCUGGAGCCGGAGCUUCCGCGGCGGAGACGCCUUUCAAGGAGGAGGCUGCCACCAUCAUCACCACCACCAAUGCAACAAAAAGGAGAGAGAGAGAGGCUCUGCUAUUCCUCCUUGAAGUAAGUGAAGGUUCAGAAUGGGAGGAAUGGCAGACACAGUGGGUGGAAGAUGGGUCUGAGUGGUGGGGUUUAUAUACAGGCAGCAAUAUCUUUGAAGUCCAUGGUUACAACAUCUUUAAAGUCCAUGGUUUGGUCACCGAAUGGGACCAAAUUGGUUUAACUGCAAAGAGCGCAAGCCUUACUACGCCAUUUGGAGUGCCCCUCUACCGCAGGUUUCACAUUAUCUUCCAUGAGAGCCAUCAGCGUACGCCAUUUGGAGUGACCCUCUACCGCAAGUUUCACAUUAACUUCCAUGAGAGCCAUCAGCUUUGCGGUAUGUUAAACCACCAAAUAAUCUAA